AAUGGGAAAAAAUAUGUACUAAAUCAGAAGAGGAAAACAGGAAAAUCUGAAUCUAGGUACACAGAAAAAAUAAAGAAUCAAGAAGGACCUAAGAAGAUGUGCAAAGAGGAGAUUUGAUUGAUUGAUAGUUUAUUGUUGCAGAUAAACAAGAGGAGAAGGGAAAAGAAGAAAACAGGGAAAUAAAAUAAAGAAAUGGGAAAAUAGGUCAAUCGGAAAGGAUAAAAUAGGAAAGUCUGAAUAUAGGGAGACAGAAAAGUGAAACAAUCAAGAAGGACCCAAGAAGCUAUAAAGGAAGGAGAAGAAGAAGAGGAGGAGGAAGCAAACAAGUCCCCUGUGACAUCAAGAUCAAGGUCGAGGUCCGCCGCGUGCCCUGAAGUGCCCUGGCAGUGUUUCUCGUGGAGGAGGAGGAGCCCCUCGGCGUGCAGGCCCCCAGGCACAUGACUUUGUGUCCCAAUGUCCACCACUGGUGUUAGUGUUGAAGUGAGGCAUCGAGACAGUUGCUGUGGUCAGUACUUGUUCCGUCCCUGCUGCCGCUGACUUCAGGACUCCUUGGUGCAUCCCUCGCCUUGCCUGCUCAAUUGGUCACUGAAUGUGGCUUUGAAGCAACCUCGCCGCCUUCUCCAGCAUCUCUGAGGUUCCUCAAGGCCAGCCAACUCCUCACAUCCAGAGUAGUGUUGCAGUGGAGGCUGCAAGGCAGGACAGCAGCUGGAGUGGCUGGGAUCAGCAGGAGCAGACUGCUACUGGUGUGAGGUUCAGGAGUGAUAAAAAACACCACCAACACAACCACCACCAACAACAACAACUGCUGGCCUCUUCAUCCACAAAGGGGGAAGUUUGAAUUUCAGAAGAGUGAGAAGAUCUGAGAAUGAGAGCAAGUUUACUGACCAAAGCCAAGAGUGUGAGAAAAGACAUGCAGGGAAGGAUGACCUCAACAAAUACACCCACACACUCUGGUGUAAGACCUCAUGAAAGUCGGGAGUGUGGCAAAAGGUUUAGUAAUAGGAGUAACCCCAAACAUCACACCCUUACACACACUGGUGCAAGAAACCAUGAGUGUGAAGUUUGUGGGAAAUGUUUCAGUCAGAAGGGUCACCUCAACACACACACCCUUACACACACCAGUGCAAGAAAUCAUGAGUGUGAAGUUUGUGGGAAAUGUUUCAGUCUGAAGGAUACCCUCAAGAAACACACCCUUACACACACUGGUGAAAGAAAUCAUGAGUGUGAAGUUUGUGGAAAAUGUUUCAGUCGGAAGGAUACUCUCAAAUUACACACUCUUACACACACUGGUGCAAGAAAUCAUGAGUGUGAAGUUUGUGGAAAAUGUUUCAGUCGGAAGGGUACCCUCAAAUUACACACUCUUACACACACUGGUGAAAGAAAUCAUGAGUGUGAAGUUUGUGGAAAAUGUUUCAGUCGGAAGGGUAACCUCAAAUUACACACUCUUACACACACUGGUGAAAGAAAUCAUGAGUGUGAAAUCUGUGGAAAAUGUUUCACUGAGAAGGGUACCCUCAAAUUACACACUCUUACACACACUGGUGAAAGAAAUCAUGAGUGUGAAAUCUGUGGAAAAUGUUUCACUGAGAAGGGUACCCUCAAGAAACACACCCUUACACACACUGGUGAAAAAAAUUAUAAGUGUGAAGUUUGUGGGAAAUGUUUCAGUCGGAAGGGUACCUUCAAAUUACACCUUGUUACACACACUGAUGCAAGAAGUCAUGAGUGUGAAGUUUGUGGGAAAAGGUUCAAACUGAAGAGUAUAUUGGACAGGCACGUCUUCAGACACUCUGGUCAUAAAGGGUUCAAGUGCGAUGUUUGUGGGAAACGUUUCAUGACUAAGGGUGAGAUUGUCAGGCACAUGAAGGUCCACUUCUCCUGAGGUGCUGUGCUGAUUCAGUUCUGCUGUGUGUGUGAGUGCAAGUGUUUGUUGUGGUGGUGUUACAGGGCUGUGUGUAGCACAGAGAACAGAAAAUAUUCAUCUGUUGGAACAAAUGGUGACUGUGACGGCAUGAUCUGUUAUUCACUUUCCACCCCAGGCUUCAUGUGGUUGGUGGGUCCUGUGAAAGGUCUGAUCUUUUUGGUGACUGUGCUGGGCUGGCUGUUGUGGCCUGGGCUUAUUGGUCAAGUGUGUGUGUGUUAAUAGUAAUAAUAUAGUGUAUUUGUUCUUACCAGCCGCUAAGCUAAAAAUGUACACAUUAUAAACACAUUGUAAAGAACAGUAGGUAGGGGUUCAGGGAUCUAACACAUCAGUGGGAGGUUGGAAUGAUAGUGGUGGGAGGGUUGAGUGCAGUGUGGUGGUGCCGGGGAGGGGGAGGACAUCCUCUUCCAGAUGGUGGCAAGGUGUUAGUCCCAAGGUGUGACAUUCAUGUAGGUGUGAAAGAGGGGUGACGAUAUGAUUGAGCACAUGCUACUUGAGUGAUGUAUA